AUUCGUAUCAAAUAAAUUGACAUGCACAGCAGAAUUGGAGAAAAUAUUUUAAAGGACGCAAACGUGUUGGUGUCAUGUUGUUAGUUUGUAAAUGUGACCAGCGUAAAGGAGACUUUGAUAACAUAAGUGUUCAUGUAUUCGAAUAUACAAGAAGCCAACAGAAGCUACGCUUGUGCUGUUAUGAUAAAGGUACACUCAUAAUUGAAUUACAGCAUUACAAUGCAUGGUAGACUCAAGGAAAAAAACUAUUUUCCUACCAUUUGUAGUGUCUUGUCCAUUUUGUUAGUAUUUGUUAUAAAUAACCAACAAUGAUUGCUACCGGAGUAACAACUAAACGCCCCCACGGAUUUAGUAUUGACUCUCUGCUUGGACGUGGAUCACCGAGAGAAAAGGAUGAUACUGUCCCAGCCAAGCUCAGGACUCCCUCCCCAGGGGAUAGUUCCUCCUCGGAAACCUCAGGAGGGGAAAAGGACUCUCAUCCAGCCCAAGACAGGCACCAAUCCCUUCACACCUGUAUAGAAGGUGGCCCGUGCUUGCCUUGCUUUGAGGGACGGAAGAUCCCCCCGGGGCAUCCUUCCUCUUCACUGCCCGUCCCCCCACGUCCGUCCCCCAUGCUUAUGAGAUUCAGGGAGGACCAGAUACCGUCUUUCCAUGAAAAAUAUUGUGCAUUAACUGGACUUCCAAUGUCGUGUUUCGGUGCUGCUGACAAUGGAGUCGGCACAAGAGUCGAUAACAAUUUAGCAUCUUUUCCCAACAGGUGGACGAGACCGACCGAAGACGAAUUCAACCCAUACCAUUAUCAAUUGUCACUAAAUCUACCUCCAUUUAACGUUCCAACCAUUGAUUCCGACCUGCUGUUUUCCCGUUUCCGGAAACCAAAGAGGAUCCGGACUGCAUUUGCUCCUUCACAACUUCUGCGUCUUGAACACGCUUUCGAGAAAAACCAUUAUGUUGUCGGACAGGAAAGAAAAGAUCUGGCGUCAGACCUCCACCUAACGGAAACACAAGUGAAAGUAUGGUUUCAAAAUCGUAGGACGAAAUUCAAAAGAAUGAAAGCAGAAGAGGAGAUGACUCGAACAUUGACGAAAACAUAUGUGGGUAGUAAUAAAUUAAAUCGUGACUCGCAAAAGGAAGUGUUCCAAAAAUCUACUACAGAGGACAGUUGGUGUGAGGAAUCAGAUGAAACUGACAACGAGUCCGAGCUAGAAGUGUGAUGAUAUCAUCAAAAAAACAUCAGACAGACACUUUACAAUAAUUAACAAAUACAACAAAAUUUGAAAGUAUUUGAAUGCUUUCGGCCAUAAGGCAAUCGCGUUAAAUUAUAGACAAUCAUCAACACAUGUAAUAACUUAAGAUUUAAACAAUGAAGGCCAUAAACAUUCCUUUCAUCUUACACCAUCUUCUGUUAAGGAGGAAGUUCCGUCCAAUGUUUUCAAGGAUAUUAUAUAUUUGUUAGCAGAAGAUAUGUGUAAGAGUUUGAAAUUUUCUUUCACAGUGUUGUGUUCUACACAAUGUACAUAUGACAAUCACCAUUAACAAUAUGCAAAUACUGAAUUUGUAGACGCUAUGUCUUUAUC